AUGGGCACUCUCCCCGCAGCCGCGAACUGGACGGACGGCGCGGGCACCGCGGGCGCGGACGCCGGGAACCUGAGUGCGGCGCUCGCGGCAGGGGCGGCUGAGGCUGAGUGGCUGCAUCUGCUGGUCCAAGCCGGCAACCUCUCGGCCUCCUCCUCCGCGCCGGGACUGCCUGCGGCCUCCCCGGCGCCUACGCAGCCCCGGGCCAACCUCACCAACCAGUUCGUGCAGCCGUCCUGGCGCAUCGCCCUCUGGUCCCUAGCAUACGGCGUGGUGGUGGCCGUGGCGGUCUUCGGGAAUCUCAUCGUCAUCUGGAUCAUCCUGGCCCACAAGCGCAUGAGGACCGUCACCAACUACUUCCUCGUGAACCUGGCUUUCUCCGACGCCUCCAUGGCUGCCUUCAACACCUUAAUCAACUUCAUCUAUGCGCUUCACAGCGAGUGGUACUUCGGCGCCAACUACUGUCGCUUCCAGAACUUCUUCCCUAUCACGGCCGUGUUCGCCAGCAUCUACUCUAUGACGGCCAUUGCGGUGGACAGGUAUAUGGCCAUUAUUGAUCCCUUGAAACCCAGACUGUCUGCCACUGCAACCAAGAUCGUCAUUGGAAGUAUUUGGAUUCUAGCAUUCCUACUUGCCUUCCCUCAGUGUCUUUACUCCAAAAUUAAAGUCAUGCCAGGCCGGACUCUUUGCUACGUGCAAUGGCCAGAAGGUCCCAAACAACAUUUCACUUACCAUAUUAUUGUCAUUAUACUGGUGUACUGCCUCCCAUUGCUCGUCAUGGGUGUCACAUACACCAUUGUUGGAAUUACUCUCUGGGGAGGAGAGAUCCCAGGAGAUACCUGUGACAAGUAUCAUGAGCAGCUAAAGGCUAAAAGAAAGGUUGUAAAAAUGAUGAUAAUUGUUGUGGUGACAUUUGCCAUCUGCUGGCUGCCUUAUCAUAUUUACUUCAUCCUCACUGCAGUCUACCAACAGCUAAAUAGGUGGAAAUACAUCCAGCAGGUCUACUUGGCCAGCUUUUGGCUGGCAAUGAGCUCAACCAUGUACAACCCCAUCAUCUACUGCUGUCUGAAUAAAAGAUUUCGAGCUGGCUUCAAGAGAGCAUUUCGCUGGUGUCCUUUCAUUGAGGUUUCUAGCUGUGAUGAGCUGGAGCUCAAGACCACCAGGUUUCACCCCACUCGGCAAAGCAGCCUGUACACAGUGAUCAGGAUGGAGUCCGUGACAGUGGUGGUUGAGCCCAGUGAGGCAGACAACACCAGAUCCGGUCAGAAGAGGAGAGCGACGCCAAGAGAUCCAAGCUUCAGCGGCUGCUCCCGCAGGAAUUCCAAGUCUGCCUCCACCCCUUCAAGCUUUAUGAAUUCGCCCUAUACCUCUGUGGACGAAUACUCCUAA